UACCUUAUAAACCCUCGGUUUUCCGUCUUCAUCUUCACAAUCCCGCCUCCUCGUCGCCUGCUGUCAUCAUCGGAUUUCUGAAACUUGAGGAAAUGGCUCUACUUCACAUGGUUCGAUCGCAGGCCUCUCGUCAUCUCAAAUCCACAAGCUACAGCUCAGGUUAUAAUUGUCAUAGGUUUCAAACAUGGUUACAGUCCCCGGCUGUCAAAACCAACCUCACCUCUGCUACACCACUUGCCAUUGCACAGAAAAGAUGGGCGUCUCAGUCCGCUGCAGCAGAAGAUGAUGGCAAGAUCAGCAUAGGACCUCGUGGAGGGGGAGAAGCUGGGGAUGAUGAUAAGGACUCGGGGGUUGUUUACUAUGGUCCAAUAUCAAAUACCAUAAAGAAAGUGAAACUUCUCUCUCUGUCCACCUGCUGCCUAUCUGUUUCUUUAGGCCCCGUCAUAACAUUCAUGACAUCUCCAGACAUGAAUGUGAUCCUGAAGGGCGCAGUGGCUUCUUCGGUUAUAUUUGUAAGUGCUUCUACUACUGCUGCACUUCACUGGUUUGUGAGCCCUUAUAUUCACAAGCUCAGAUGGAAACCUGGUUCAGACAGCUUUGAGGUAGAGAUGAUGUCGUGGCUGGCAACAUAUAUUCCUAAAACCAUAAAGUUCGCCGAUAUCAGGCCGCCUCAGACGAAUAGGCCCUUUGUGACAUUUAAAGCUAAUGGGAACUUCUAUUUUGUCGACAGUGAGCACUGUCAUAACAAGGCUUUGUUAGCGAGGCUCAAUCCACAGAAAUUAAAUCAGGGGUCGGCGUUUAAGAAUUUAUGAUGGGAAAAUUUUUGACGGGAAAGUGGCUGAACUAUAUUAUGCACCAUAGUUUUUCCUUAAUUUUGACAAUCCUAUGUUUAUGUUUGUGUUGACAAGAUGAACUCAACCCUGUGAGGAAGAGGCUCUCCUGCAUGUUAUCUUGUUGAGCUUAGUUUCUGCCUUGGCUUUUCAGGUAUUUUUUUGUUAUAUAUGCAUACUUGUUUCUGUUCUUUCAUUUUAGAAA